ACCAUAAAUUUUGAGCAAAAUCCAACGUUUACCCCCGAGUCCCGACUUUCUUGUCUCCGUCAAGAAGGACGAAGCAAGAGAGACAGAGCAUGAAGUUCGCAGUAAAGGCAUGGAGCAACGGAAGGGCACGUUCAGGGGUGCUGCAGCUGGGCGGCUGCCCGAGCCCAAUAGAAACACCUUCUCUUCUCCUUUCUACACGUAAAGGGCUGCCCUUUUUUAUCUCCCCUGACCUCCUUCCCUCUCUUCCUUCCCCUGAUUCCCAUGUACUCCAAGUCUGCCCCUUUCACUUUUUGGAAGGCCUUUCACCAAAAACUAUAUCAAAUAUUGGCGGACUUCAUCAAAUGCUUGGUCUGCAUGACUAUGGACUUGUAGCUGUAGCAAGGGACUCUAUUCAAUGCCUUCCAGAGUGUAACAGCACAAACAAAAUUGGAGCAUCAUUUGAGACUCCUUGCGGUCGUCUUUUGAUUAAACCUGUAGAAUACAUGGAACUGAUUUCUUCAUUGAGGCCGAAUCUAUGGGCUACUUUGGCUGAUGAAGUGCCUACUUGGGUAUCUGAAAAGAGAAACAAGACCUCGGUGGAUCGAACUAUAAAAUGGCUUGAUGAAUGCAUUGCAUUAAGCCCAGCAGGUGGAGCUGUGUUUGGAGCCAUUGUUGGAGGGUCUAGUACAGAAGAACGCCGGCGAUGUGCACAAGAGGUAGCCAGUCGAAAUGUAUCAGGUUACUGGAUUGGAGGCUUUGGGCUAGGAGAGAGUAUGGAUGAGCGCCCUACUCUCCUUAAUGCUGUUACUGAUCUUUUAGCAGAGGAAAAGCCUCGCCUGAUAUGUGGGCUUGGACUUCCAGAGGAGGUCUUGCAGGGUGUUGCUUCAGGCAUUGAUCUUUUUGACUCAGUGUAUAUUUAUCAACUUACCCUUGGAGGCUUUGCACUUACCUUUCCACUGGAUGGAUUUGAUGUAAAUGAAUCUGAUUUUCAGCAGAGUGAUAACGGAAAUGACCGGACAAAGAUUAAUUUAAGGGCAACAGUUUAUAGGAAAGAUGCAUCGCCAAUCGUCGAAGGCUGUAGCUGCUAUACAUGCCAAAACCACACAAAAGCAUACAUUAAUCACCUGCUCAAUGUUCAUGAAAUGCUGGCUCAAAUUCUGCUAGAAAUACAUAAUACUCACCAUUAUCUUGGCUUCUUCCGUGUAAUAAGAGAAGCAGUUAAAUCAGGAAACUUUGAGCGGUUUCGGCAACAGUUCAUUGAGAGUCGGCGUGAUCGGCUCGGCGUGGCUGCUGCUGUCUAUGCAUGAGUUGUGAGUUCACAAAAUUGUAAUUUUUGAAGUCUGUUUUUUAUGAGAGUGUAUUAGUUCAACUACAUUAUUUAGGUUCCUGUUCGGUUGAGAACGUUAAAUAUCGAGAAUUAUUUUGAUUCUUGAGAUUUUAAACUCACGAGAAUUAAAAAUCAUUGAGUAUUGACA